AGAAUUGUUUUUUUUUCAUCAGUUGAAAAUUUUGCGUACACAUGGAUUGUUUGCGCGUUUCGAAAUCAAAUCGCUUAUUCAGUGAUUAUUAUUUGCUAGCGAAUCUUUUCAGUAUGUGCCGCACCGUUAUUUAGUGGUUAAUUUAUUAAACAGUGAACAUUUUUAAAUUAUUUGGUGUUAGAGUGCUAAAAUACAAAUCUAUCAAAAUGAGGCUAGCGGGCACAAUUUUUUCGAAUGUUACCAAAAUGUUGGACUUUUAUUCACAGUUUAACCCAUCGCCGCUCUCAAUAAAACAGUUUAUUGACUUCGGGUUGAACGCGUGCGAAAGGAAAUCUUAUUUGUUCCUGAGGAAAGAGCUUCCAGUGAGGCUAGCGAACAUAAUGAAGGAGAUCGCGCUAUUGCCGGACAACCUGCUUCGGAUGCCCUCCCUGGGGCUGGUGAACCAGUGGUACGAGCGCUCCUUCGAGGAGAUCAUCGAGUUUGAGAAGAAGGAGCCGGAGCCGCCGGUGUUGAGCCAAUUCUGUGAACGUCUAGUGCACAUCCGAAAUAGGCACGCAGAUGUGGUCCAGACCAUGGCGCAAGGAGUUCUAGAGCUGAAAGAGUCGCACGAAGUGGACCCCGGCAUCGAGAACUCGAUACAGUAUUUCCUCGAUCGAUUCUACAUGAGUCGGAUAUCAAUUCGGAUGCUCAUUAAUCAGCACACGCUUCUGUUUGGCGACCAGCUGGGCUCGCGGCAGGCGUCAGUCAAUGGCAUGGGUAACGGGGGCAGGCAUAUCGGCUCCAUCGACCCCGCGUGCGACGUUGCCGCCGUGGUGCGAGACGCGUUCGAAAACGCGCGGUUUUUGUGCGACCGCUACUAUCUCGCGUCGCCGGAACUUGAGCUGAUGCAGGAUGGAAGGCCGAGCGACCAGCCAAUGCCAAUCGUGUACGUUCCUUCCCAUCUCUACCACAUGUUGUUUGAGCUGUUCAAGAACUCUAUGCGUGCGGUCAUGGAGAGUCACGAGAACACUCCCCCUCCCAUUCAGGUCAACCUGAUCAGGGGGAGGGAAGACGUCAGCGUCAAGAUCUCGGACCGCGGCGGAGGUAUAUCGCGCAGCGUGUCAGACCUGCUCUUCAAGUACAUGUACAGCACUGCUCCGCAGCCCUCCAAGUCAGAUUCCCACAACGUGCCGUUGGCCGGUUACGGAUACGGGUUGCCCAUAUCGCGUCUGUACGCGCGCUACUUCCAUGGCGACCUGGUGCUCGUGUCAUGCGAGGGCUUUGGAACUGAUGCAGUCAUAUACCUGAAGGCGCUGUCAAACGAAGCCAAUGAACUACUCCCAAUCUUCAACCGAACGUCUAGCAAGUUCUAUCGGACUGCACCAGCGGCUGCUGAUUGGUCGGGAACCGUACCGAAUGUGUCCCGAAAUCCUUCCCGGGACAAGCCGUCUCUGUCACACAAAGCGUAACGCGUAUAUGUUACAAGAGGACAGAUAUAUAUAUACCAUCUAUAUUGCAUGUUUUCUAACCGGACCGGAACCUAUCGUGUUCCGAUAUCCUUCGCGGGACAAACCGUCUCCUAUAUUAUGUAUUAUAUACAACCAAUUUUGCAGGUUUUCUUACCGGUACCCGUACCGAAUGUGUCCCGAAAUCCUAUUCGCGAUUUGCCCUACUUAUCACACAGCGUAUUACGUAUAUAUUUUAGUAAGGGACAGCUGUAUAAUAUAUAUAAUAUACAGCAUCAAACACGCAUAUUGUAUGGUUCAACAUCCGCGGCAUUUCAUGCAAAUUUCUCGGGACUAAUAUCAAACGUGUCCCGAAAUCCUGGGACAAGCCAUCUCUUUGACACAAGGUGUAAUGUGUAUAUGUGCGAGUAGGACAGCAGUUAGCAAAAAUUUCAUUGUAUUAUAUUUUUAUGACUCAUGAGGCUUUUAUGUGGUUUUUACUUCAAUUUACAAGAUAAUUGUUAUCUUAGUAUAAUUAUAAUUGUAUCUUGCAUUACUAUACUAAAUAUCGCGGUAAGGCAGACUAGGUCUGCGAACUGCGGCAAAAUCACAACGACUGCACACCGACUCAACUAAACGACCACACACUUUUCUCACGAUCGUUCGAAACCUCAACUUCCGCUCCCACCCAUACAUAUGCGCCACAAAAAACAUUUUAUUUAUAUGAAAUGUUUUAUUUUUCGUUGAAUAUUUUUUUUAUAUUAUUGAAUGUGAUACUCAGUAUAGUAUAGGAAUACUAAGGUUUGCGAGGUUAAAUGUUUUUAUAUGUACAACUUCCGCGUUGUGUUAUAACCCUGAUAGUUGCUAACCUACCUCCAUACAAAAUCGGCGAUCUCACAACAGUGGUUGCACACUCUCGCAAAUUUCGUAUGGAGAUUACAGGUCGGUUGUAGAAACAUUCAGAAAAGGUACACAAUACUGGAUCUGGUGAUGGUGAACAGUGAUUUUUAUUUUUAUAUACUGUUUUUGGCCAUAAAUUGUAUACACUUUGUAUGAAUUCAUAAUUUCACAAUAAGAAAACAUGUAUAUGUUUUAAUUAUAUUGAAAUUGUUUAGAUGAAAUGAUUGACUGAUUAAUUUGAAAUUAAAUUUAUGAAAAAAAUGUGUAAUGUAUUUUUAAGUUGGUUUUAUGUUAAAAUUGAAUGGAUUCAAAUGUCAUCGAUUUAAUGGAAUUGUUUUUUUUUUUGCGUUUUUAUUUCGGAUUGAAAUAAGAAGAAUAGAGUUAAAUAUAUUUUGUAAUAAUAAAGAAUUAAAUCUCACUAAUAAAAAAAAUACUAACAAAAACUGCACAAUGAGUACAUACAGAAUAUAAGUAAUAAAAAAAAACAUUAAAGUGUAUUGCGUAGAUGCUAAUUAAAAAAAAUAUAUUUAAGGCUAGCGUGUCUUUGUAAAAGUCCGUGAUAUACAAUAAACCACUGACCUCUGUUAUUAGCACACUGGACUGGCAUCAGUGUGACUAAGCAAAAUUCAACUUUCUACCGUACUGUGAGAUAUUCUAUCAUUUAUUUGUGCCCUGCUCGGCUAUCACGGGCAGGAGACAAUUAUAUCACAAAGGAAACGAUAUCAAUUUAUCUUCUUCCACAGCUUUAUCAACUCUCAGAGCA